CCAUCGAUCAGCACCAAUGGCUUCGUGUGAGAUCGAGCUUGUAAUAGACACAUCCACCACCAACCCCACCGUCGUUACCGACACCGGCCAUGAUGAUAAUGAUGCUCAUAGUGACGAGUCCCUCAUGAUGAUGAUCGCAAAGCGCUCGUUAAUACUGUCCCUAAAUUCCAUCCUAACCAAACUUCAUGCAGGUUAUUUCAGAAUAAGCCUCUCCCUUGGUGGCCAGGCUCUGCUGUGGAAGACCUUUACAGAACCAGCAGACCAUGACACGGCCGGCAUCCUAGGGCACGUGGGCAACAUUUUCCAUCCCACCGCUUUCCUCGUACUAUGGUCUUUCUCACUCUUUGUGCUCGUCUUACUCUCUAUUCUUUACCUGUUGAGGUGCUUGUUUUACUUUAAGAUGGUAAAGGCAGAGUUCUUGCACCAUGUAGGCGUUAACUAUCUCUUCGCUCCCUGGAUCUCUUGGCUUCUAUUGCUUCAAUCGGCUCCGGGCCUGGCUCCCGAGACGCUGCCUUAUUUGGUUCUCUGGUGGGUCUUCUCGGUGCCGGUAGUGCUGCUUGACGUGAAAAUCUACGGUCAGUGGUUCACCAAGGGGAAGAGGUUUUUGUCCACCGGGGCGAACCCUACAAGCCAGUUAUCGGUGAUAGGGAACUUGGUUGGGGCACGAGCUGCGGCUCACAUGGGGUGGAGAGAGAGUGCGGUUUGCUUGUUUUCGCUGGGCAUGGUUCAUUAUUUGGUGCUUUUUGUGACGCUUUAUCAGCGCCUUUCCGGUGGAGAUCGCCUUCCGGUGCUGUUAAGGCCGGUUUUCUUCUUGUUCUUUGCUGCUCCGGGCGUCGCUAGCUUGGCCUGGGAAUCCAUUGUCGGCGGUUUUGAUACUGCUUCCAAGAUGCUCUUCUUUCUAUCCCUUUUCCUCUUCACGUCCCUGAUAUGCAGGCCAAUGCUGUUCAGGAGGUCAAUGAGGAGAUUCAACGUGGCAUGGUGGGCAUAUUCGUUUCCGGUGACGGUGCUGGCGAUUGCGGCGACGGAGUAUGCAUAUGAAGUGAAGGGAAUGAUCGCUAACUCGUUGACACUUAUUCUGUCGGCUCUUUCGGUGUUGGUGUCCUUUGCCCUCACGCUCUUCACUCUCCUCAACUCUAAGAUGCUUCUCCCUGAUAAUGACCCCAUCGCUAGUCUGCUUCUUCACUUGCCAGUAUCCCACUGACCCCCACCCCCGCCUCUAUUCCUUAUUUCUUUUCUUUUCUUUUCUUUUCUUUUCCUGGUUCAUUACAUGUAUACGUAUAUGUGAGUGUGUAUGUAUGGUGCAUUUUUUCUGUUGUCUCUGUGAUCCACAUAUAUUCCUAUACAUUAUUCCAUCAGUAAAUGCGAUUUACUCGCUUGGAAAAA